GUAGAAGGCGUGGACUUUUCAGAACCAUCCCAAAACAAGAUGGUGAUGGAGCAGAACAAUGAAAAUGCACCCAAACCCGGACACCUGACACCAAAGAAGAGUCGGUGCCAAAACCCCGAAGAGAACUACACGCCACGCGAUCUCAGACGCUCUAACGACCUCCAAGACAUCCCCAGUGCUGCAUCGCCAGUGUCCCAAACCCCAAUGUCUCCCAUACGCAUCGCACUACAGGACUGGGAGCUAAGUAGUCCUGCUUCUCGACCAAUUCCAAACCUGCCCAGGUAUCAGCCAAGAGUUCCACGGCCACUGACGUCAUCGUCAUCCAAGCCUAUGGUCGAUGUGAACGUCGUCAGAGAGCAUACUUCUGAAUUCCUCGUCCUCAGGGAACCGUACCAUUCACUUUCUCCAAGCCGGAAAGCUUUCCAAGAGUUAAAUUUUAGCUCACGCUAGAAAAUGGCCCUGGAUCUCAUUGCUGAUGUCAGCUGUACCAGAAUGGGCAGUUCUCGCUAAAACCGAAUUUGGUGAUGAAGAGAUGUAAAGGAAACGGAUAAAAGAAUUGCCACAAUAUAAUAGGGUUAGGGUGCAUCGUUAAGUUCUUCUUGUGAGCUAAUUGAAAGAGGAAGUCAUUAGUUUCGGUCAUUUUUAUCAGGUGCUAUUGCCAUUCGAGUAUUUGUUUUUUAUUGUAACAUUCCAGUUUUUUCCGUGUUUAACACUGCCACUGGUUUAUUUCAUUUUUGCGCAAAUCCAUCGCCGUUGAACACAUCGUGUUGAACACUUUAGAUCAUUAAUUUUCACAUAUUACUAGUAUUAUGUUACCCCAAGUGUUCACUUUUCAUUGUAUUGGGC